GCGCUUUUAAACUUCGUGAUUCGUGAAGGCGGCCGGUGUCGAGGAGAAGUUAACGUGCCUCCUUGGUUUUUCACUCGCGUGCGUGAGCGGUUUGGCGGCUGGGGAGGAAUGGGGUUUUGGAGCAGAGAUGUGGGAAACUCAUUUAAUAAGCAGCAGGCAGCAAGUCUGCAAAUAGAAGUGCUUGAUGUUCGCCAGCUACCGGCUAAAGAGUGCAAUGGCGUCAAGGCCCCAAUUGAUACAAGCAAACCUAACCCUAACGAAGUGGAGUUUGAUAACCUGUAUUUGGAUAUGAACGGUAUAAUUCACCCUUGUACACAUCCAGAAGACAAGCCAGCGCCCAAAAAUGAAGAUGAAAUGAUGGUUGCGAUUUUUGAGUAUAUUGACAGGAUCUUCAAUAUUGUAAGACCGAGGCGACUUCUUUACAUGGCUAUAGACGGAGUAGCUCCACGUGCAAAAAUGAAUCAGCAGCGGUCAAGAAGAUUCAGAGCAUCAAAGGAGGGCAUGGAAGCUGCUGAAGAGAAGCAAAAAAUAAGACAAGAAAUUCUGGCAAAAGGUGGCAUUCUUCCUCCGGAAGAAGUGAAAGAGAGAUUUGACAGCAACUGUAUUACCCCGGGAACAGAGUUUAUGGACAAUCUUGCUAAAUGUCUUCGCUAUUACAUUGCUGACCGUUUGAACAGCGACCCAGGGUGGAAGAAUUUGACAGUUAUUUUGUCUGAUGCUAGUGCUCCUGGUGAAGGUGAACAUAAAAUCAUGGAUUACAUUCGAAGACAAAGAGCUCAACCAAACCAUGACCCAAACACUCAUCAUUGUCUGUGUGGGGCUGAUGCUGAUCUGAUUAUGCUUGGGUUAGCUACACAUGAACCAAACUUCACUAUAAUUAGGGAAGAGUUUAAACCAAACAAACCCAAGCCAUGUGCUCUUUGUAACCAGAUGGGUCAUGAGGUUAAGGAUUGCCAAGGUUUGCCCAGAGAAAAGCAAGGCAAGCACGAUCAGUUUGCAGACAGUCUUCCUGUUGCUGAACAAGAAUUUAUCUUCAUCCGACUAUGUGUUUUGCGGGAGUAUUUGGAAAGAGAACUCACCAUGGCCAGUUUGCCUUUCACUUUUGAUUUUGAAAGAAGCGUUGAUGACUGGGUCUUUAUGUGCUUCUUUGUGGGAAAUGACUUUCUUCCUCAUCUGCCAUCCUUGGAGAUUAGGGAGGGAGCAAUUGAUCGCUUGGUUAACAUAUAUAAAAAUGUGGUGCACAAAACUGGGGGGUACCUCACAGAAAGUGGUUUUGUCAACCUACAGAGGGUCCAGAUGAUCAUGUUAGCUGUUGGAGAAGUUGAAGAUAGUAUUUUCAAAAAGAGAAAAGAUGAUGAUGAUAACUUUAAAAGACGGCAAAAAGAAAAAAGAAAAAGAAUGAAGAGGGAUCAGCCUUCUUUUAUUCCUGGCGGACAGUUUUCCCCUCAAGCUCUGGGAAAUCGAUCUAGUCCUCAGGCAAUCAGUAACCCUAGACAAGCCGCCUUUGAGAUGAGAAUGCAUGACAGACAGAAUUCUACAGCUUCAUCAUCUCCAAAUACCAGCCUCACUUCUGAUGGCAGCCCAUCCCUGGCAGGAGGAAUUAAGCGAAAAGCUGAAGAUAGUGACAGUGAACCUGAGCCAGAGGAUAAUAUCAGGUUAUGGGAAACUGGUUGGAAACAGCGCUACUAUAAAAACAAAUUUGAUGUUGAUGCAUCUGAUGAGAAAUUCCGUCGUAAAGUUGUACAGUCCUAUGUGGAAGGGCUUUGCUGGGUUCUCAGAUAUUAUUACCAGGGCUGUGCAUCCUGGAACUGGUAUUACCCUUUUCACUAUGCUCCGUUUGCUUCUGACUUUGAGGGUAUAGCAGACAUGCCUUCGGAUUUUGAGAAGGGCUCAAAACCGUUUAAGCCUCUUGAACAACUUAUGGGAGUAUUUCCAGCUGCAAGUGGAAAUUUUCUGCCACCAACGUGGAGGAAGCUCAUGACAGAUCCGGAAUCAAGCAUAAUUGACUUCUACCCGGAAGAUUUUGCAAUUGAUUUAAAUGGGAAGAAAUAUGCUUGGCAAG